AUGGACAAAACUAAUUGCAUUGAUGGCUCUCAUGUCAUUCAAGAUUUGUUUGGUUGCUCUGCUGAAUGCCAAACUCAGUUUUUGACUUUGCUGGCAUCCAGCAAUGGGAUGCUUGACACAAUAUGUCGGGCGCUCCCAGAUAGACACGGAGGUGGAAGAGAUGCUUUUCAUAUUCCUUAUCAUUGCGGCUCGCAAUUAUGCAGGAUUAGCGGCAAGGAAGAUGCUGAUCAACAAUGUGCUUCCCUUGCUCUUUGUGGUAACUACACGCUUGCUAACGUGGACUGUGGUGAUAGAUUGUUCAACUUGGAACAGCCAGGUCAGGCUCACGCCGUCUCAGAUGAUGAACAGAAACACAUGCAUCAACAAGACAAACUGUCCACUGCACCAGCUGUUGCUUUCCCAGCUGCAACUCCGUCAGAAUUCGUCAAAGAAGGGUUCCAUACUGUCACAAUUACAAAAUUCCUCUCUGAUAUUCCUUCUACAGUACCCGAGUUGACCGCUUCGGGCCUCUCUGCCAUUCAUCUGGCUACCCCUGCAGAGAGUUCAAAGUACCAUCAUCGACAGAGGUCAACUGUCGCAAACCAAGUAUCCUCCACCACGAAAGUCACCAUUGGAGUAUCCGUCAUGGUUGGGGUUCUCGUCAUUAUUGGCUUCAUUGUGUGGCACCUGAGGAUGAAGAUACGCUUUCGCAACAAAAGACAGAUCAGUCGUCGUCCCAUCAAAUCCAGUAGCCCUCCCGCGUCGCCGCUUAUUUCGCCAUCGAGCUCACAUGCCGCCCCGCCAAAGGCUCCAUUGACGCCGCCUGCGCGGCUACAAGAGCGCCGUUUCUUGCUUCCGCGCGCAUUGAGUCUUCGUCGCAACAACCAGCGUCGUCAAUAUCAAGACGUAUCUGUACGGGACAAGGCCGGAAUGCCAUUGGCGCCGCUUCCGCCCCUCUCGGUGUCCAGAGUGAGAAGAAGCCCUGGAGAGGGAGAGCGCCAGACCAUAACGGCAACGACAACGAUUUCACUUACUACUUCUCCCACUGGACCACCGAGGAACGACACCCCGUCGGAAACUAGCAUUUCCAGCGUCUUCAGUCACGUUAGCACAGUCAGGGCUACGUCGAAUGCAUCCACUAGCUCGGCGCCAAAUAAGUAUAAUAGUGUCACGGCUGCGGAAAUUCCAAGGCUGCCGUCGCGUGUAUAUGAAAUGCCAUCACCGGUUGGCCAUUUGGCAAGCCCUGGGCCGCCUCCGACUCGAGCGCUUCCGAGCCUCCCUUUGGAUGGUCGAGCUAGUCCCUUGAAAUCGCCUCUAUCACCUACCAGCCUGGCCCGAAGAGGCUCACCAAGCAUCGGGUCUAUGUCAGAAUCAUCUAUUGGUGUAAGUGAAGGAAAUGGAGACUUUCAGAGGCCGCAGGGAGGGAAUAGCCAAAGCGGUUCGAGGGGAUCGAUAGAGGUGCCUUUGAAGUCACCGAGGAGGGUGAGGCAUGUGAGGAGCCCGUUGUUGAAUGAGGUGCGUCUAGACAAGGUAGUGUGA